CCCUGUCUCGUCACAAGAACCAUCAGUAUGUCGAUUGCGAGACAAAAAAUUCUAUCGCACUGCGUGAACAUGAAUUCCGGAAUUUUCGUUUGCGUUCUUGGUCUGCUGAUAUGCCACGUAACGAUUUGUAGUGGCGUACCGAGGCUUACAGGUGAUUGCACACUCGAGGAUGUGGAACCGGAAUAUCGAUCGUCAUGCAUGGACGUAUCGUGCUUCAGAGAUGAAAAUGGGAAAGUUCGUACCGUGAAAAUAGAGUGUGGUUUGGUCGCUCCUCAGUGUAAUGGAAAAGAUUUUAAGGCGACGACGAAUGACAGCCUAACGUACCCGGACUGUUGUGUUCAAAUACAAUGCCUUUGAACUGUAUCGUUUGAUUAAGUAAUGCGAAAAAUAAAGCUUCAAAAAUUCAUGACUUUUUAA